UGAAAAAUAAUGACUUUACGUUUCAGUUAUAGAAAAUAAAAAUCAGCAAGGUUAUUUUAAUUUGAUUUUACAAAAAUCCACAAUGUUAACCAGUAAAUUGUUUUUGUUAUCUUUUGUUUUAUACAUAAAACAAAUUAAUGCAAGACAAGCAUCAACUCAUCCAGUCUUGGUUGCUCGAUCAUCAUUGGAUUGGAUGCCAAGUAGAGUGAAUUCUCUGUACUCCGAUGUUGGAGCUUGGAGUGGCAAAUUCAGACCAGUAAUGGAUGAAAUAGAAUCAGAUGAAGCAUUAAGAUUUUAUCAAUUUUUAAAUUAUUUGGAUGGAGGAAGUUUUGGAACAGGCCCUAUAGACGAAUUUGUAGAUGCAAUGAAUAGAUUGGCAACAUAUAUGAAACAGCAAAAUAGUCGAGAAACUCAAGUUAGGGGUAUGCGUGAACUAGAAGCGAUAAAUGGAGAAAAAGGCAACAGCAUAAAAACUGUUUUGGAAAUAAGCACCGUUAUCAUGAGGAAAAAACGUAAGUUCUUCUGUACGGGAGAAGUAAAAGAACCUAUUGUUAACAAUAAAAUUAUAUGUAAGGACAGAAUAUUACUUCCAAUUGCUGGAUCGUCUUGCAGAGAUGCUAUUAUGUACUGGCACCCGAGUCUCACCGAGGAACAUUAUUGUGUAGGAGCCCUUGAAACAAAAAGUUCGGUUCACAUAAUGUAUGUAGAAGGUGAACUAUUUUGCAAAGGAGACGACUACUCAAAACGCGAGUAUUUAUUAGCGUGUGAUUUUUAUGAGGAUCAAGAAGCUCCAGUUGCUGAUUUACUGCAAUAUUAUCCGGAUCCUGAUCCGGAAAUAUCUCCAAAAUUGUUUUAAGCCUACUAACAUUUAAAAAAAAUAAACGCAUAUAAAGUUAUGUUUUAAAUGACCUAUAUUAAGACUA